AUGUCAAAGCCGAGAUUCGCCUAUGAUAAAAUGGCUGACGGAGAGGUCCGAUUCUAUUCAAGCAAGCCAAAAGUGGAUGACCUAAAAAUCAGAGUACCCUGGGGAUACGUGCCAGAUUUGUCUGAUAAAUACUAUCGACGGGAUCAAAACGACGAAAGUGAGAAAAGCGCGAUCAAGGAGAAUUUGAAGAAAGAUGAGAUUUUGGAUCAAAAUGACGAAAGUGGCAAAAGCGAGACAAAGGAGAAUUCUGCGAAAGAUCAGAUUUUUCACGGGAUUUCUAAAGGGAACUUCUCCGAUAUAAUAUCAGCAAAGCUUUACUAUCCAUACGUCGAUUGGAAUCAAAACAAAGAAAUUUCCGGGGAAAUUGAAAAAGAUACGAAGAAUUGGCUCCGUGUUGCUAUAAAAAGAUACAAAAUCGAUGCUCUCGAAAAGACUUUUGAUGACUAUCUGCAUCAACGAGGAAUCAUGCACAGAGACGUCACACCAAGGAACAUUGGGAUGAAUCAAAUAGAUUUCCAGAUAAAAUUACUCGAUUUCGGCCUAUCAAGAGAAAUCAAUCCAAAUCUUGAUCAUUCAACCAACGUUGAGACUCCAUUUAUCUACAAACCAAUCGAAGUUCUGAUGAAGGCACGGUAUAAUACAAAAGUUGAUAUUUGGGCCACGGCAUUGGUCGCUCUCGAGAUGUUUGAUUUAAAGCUUUUCAUGCCAACUGGUGAUGAUAAAACUAUUGAGAUGAAGAUCCGAAAACGAGGAGCUGAAAAUGUAGUAAAAGAUCAAAUCUUUCAAGUUCUCGGUGUACCCCUUGAUCAGUACAAAUCAGCGUUUGAUCGGCCAGUGCCUGAAAGCCCUUGCGAAGAGAAGCUGACAUCGAUUCUCGAAGAUUACUGCAAAACGAAAAACUUAAACACUGUUGGACCAUUGACAGGCGAAGAUUUUCGAGACUUGAUCAAAAUGAUGCUCGAGCCUGAUAUGAUGAAAAGGCCGACAGCGGAUGAUUGUUUAAAGCACGGAUUCUUAAGGAUAUUGAACAUCAAAUAUCAGCAACGCUCGCUGAAUAGCCAGCCACGAAGCGAUGAAGAUAUGAGAAAAAGAAAUGACAAAGAUCGAACGGUUUUGGAAAAGGAAUUUGAAGCUGGAUUCACAAAACUCUCAUUUCAAGUCGAUUUGGAAAAUGAGAAGACU